AUGUUUCAUGAGUCACCCAUACCAGUCACCAUGUCCAGUCAACCUAUACCAGUCACCCAUACCAGUCACCAGACCAAUAACUCAACCAGUCACCCAUACCAGUCACCUAUACCAGUCACCCAUACCAGUCACCUAUACCAGUCACCCAUACCAGUCACCCAUACCAGUCACCAUACCAGUCAUCAUACCAGUCACCUACCAGUCACCAGACCAAUAACUCAAAUCAGUCACCCAUACCAGUCACCCAUACCAGUCACCCGUACCAGUCACCAGACCAAUAACUCCAAACAGUCACCCAUACCAGUCAACCCAUACCAGUCACCCAUACCAGUCAACAAACUAGUCACAUCACACCAGUCACCCACACCAGUCACCUAUACUCCACCCAUACCAGUCACACAUACCAGUCACCAUACCAGUCACACAUACCAGUCACCCAUACCAGUCACCCAUACCAGUCACCCAUACAGUCACCCAUACCAGUCACAUACCAGUCACCCAUACCAGUCACCAUACCAGUCACCCAUACCAGUCACCUGCCAGUCACUUAUACCAGUCACCCAUACCACCACACCAGUCACCCAUACCAGUCACCAUACCAGUAACCCAUACCAGUCACCCAUACCAGUCACCCAUACCAGUCACCUAUACCAGGUCACCUAUACCAGUCACCCAUACCAGUCACCUAUACCAGUCACCCAUACCAGUCACCCAUACCAGUCACCUAUACCCAGUCACCCAUACCACCUCACUCAUACCAGUCACCCAUACCAGUCACCAUACCAGUCACACACAUCAGUCACCCAUACCAGUCACCCAUACCGGUCACCCAUACCAGUCACCAUACCAUAUACCAGCCUCACCAUACCAAUCACUCAUACCAGUCACCCAUACCAGUCACCCAUACCCAACAUAUCAGUCACCCAUACCACCUAUACCAGUCACCUAUACCAGUCACUAUACCAGUCACCCAUACCAGUCAACUCAUACCAGUCACCCAUACCAGUCACCCAUACCAGUCACAUUCAUACCAGUCACAUUCAUACCAGUCACCCAUACCAGUCAACUCCAUACCAGUCACUGCCACCAGUCAACUCAUACUAA